GGCCGAUGAAGUUCAGGUGAGAGGUGGAAGUGACAGCGCUCAUAAAGAUUGCGUUAUAGGCCAUUCGCCAGACCGUUGGCGCUGGUCAGUGCUUGGGAUCCAUGUGUUCGCAGCGCAUUUGAGAGCCCGGCGACCAGGUAACUGACGCCGCCAAUCAACUAAAGGCAGGUGUCUGAAUGAUGGCAAUGCUCUGCCGCACAGUGUGCGCGCUCUUGUUCACGUCUUGGCGACGAUCGAGCGUCGUCCCUAGUCCUGGUGACCGGGAAGUAUUGACCCAAGCUGACGGGAUGGCUGUCGAUCGAAAUCGAUGCCGGUUCGAAUGCUUACGCAGGUCAAUGCGCAUGUUCUUUGCCAAUCUCGCUGGAGCACGAUGGUGGCUCAAGAUUUGGGUGAUGGCCGGGGCCAACACCCAGAUCGGCGGGGAGAUGUCCGAAAGAGAGCCCGCGGAUGGGCAGGGAGGUUGCAGGGAACAAGGUGAGAUUUGAAGCAGAAGUGGCAGUUGAGCAGCAGGUCACGGAAAGGAUACGCGCCGCCAGGAUCUGCGGGGG